AUGACUGGUGACCAGAUUCUCGCUGUUAACGGUCAAGAUGUCGCAAAUUCAAUGCAAGAAGAUGUCGCAGCCAUGCUGAAAACGUGUGUUGGACGAGUUUGCUUGAAGGUAGGACGAUGGAAAAUCACGGAAACAGCAAAUCGAGUGCAUGCGGCUGCUGAGGCGCUUGCCCGAUCCCAAACUACCCCACGGACCGAUGAGACCCGGCCUUCAGUGUCAUCCGAACGACGAGACGUGCCACCGCCGGCUCCUCCUCUUCGCCCAAUCAUCACCCAUACUUCUCCAGAAGGAGAAGCUGUUGCCGAAGCGGAUGUGCAUUUGUCUCCUGUCACUGAAGAGCCAAGCAGCGGUACCGAUCAGCCAAGUCUUCAAGACGAAGAACGACCUGUUGUGCAAGGCAUAGAACUUUUAACCGAGUUGAAAGAAGAAGGAAGCGAAACUUUGUUACUCGAGUUGAAAAAGAUUCCCGAUCAACAGCUUGGAAUGGGUAUUGGAAAACGAUCCCGUGGAAUUCUCGUUACCUCUCUUCAGCCUGGUUCAGCAGCCGCUGAGAAGUUGAAGGUCGGCGAUCGGAUAUUGGCCGUGAAUGCGUUGCCCGUGACCGAUCAGCUCUCUGCGGUGACGUUCGUCAAAGCAAGUGGUCCUCGGUUGUUUCUACAAAUUGCUCGACCGCGAACCCCUCCUCAAUGA